CACAGCAUCCGCUCACCAAUGCAAAGUAAGCAUGACUGCUAUCUUCCUGAUGUCCAUGCUUUUUGGCCUUGCAUGUGGCCAAGCAAUGUCAUUUUGUAUUCCAACUGAGUAUACAAUGCACGUCGAAAGAAAAGAGUGUGCUUAUUGCUUAACCGUCAACACCACCAUCUGUGCUGGAUAUUGUAUGACACGGGAUAUCAAUGGCAAGCUAUUUCUUCCCAAAUAUGCCCUGUCCCAGGAUGUUUGUACGUAUAGAGAUAUCAUCUAUAGGACUGUAGAAAUACCAGGAUGCCCACACCAUGUCGCUCCUCACUUUUCCUAUCCUGUUGCUGUAAGCUGUAAGUGUGGCAAGUGUAAUACUGACUAUAGUGACUGUAUACACGAGGCCAUCAAGACAAACUACUGUACCAAACCUCAGAAGUCUUACCUGGUGGGAUUUUCUGUUUAGUUUUAAGAGCAAUAUAAUUUGCAAUUUGGUUAAAUGUGUUUACCUAGAAUAAAAAUAAUAAAAUAUCAUUAUGUUUCACAAUACCUUGU